AUGGCCACACUCAUCAUGGAGAGAUCUCAGCACCAUAGGAAGAUAGACCUUGGGGAUCUGAUAGUACCCACUAUGGAGAUCCAGAACAGAGAACCACUUACUGCCAUUAAGACAAUCCAGUGCUUCAUCAAUACAUGUAAGCAUAUUCUCUGCCUUCAGGCUCAUUUUGUCUAUGCCGAGAUAACUGAGGCCAAGCAGGAGUUUGACCAUUUGGCAGAAGACAACCGUAAAGCUUUGUAUGAGGCUCAAGAGAGCCUGGGCCCUGCGGAGCAAGUGUCCAUCCAAGAGGACCUCACCGAGGGGGAUGGGAUAGAACCAAAAACACAAAGGAAGGACCAAUCAGAAGUCAGUGACCUGAAUCAGGCCAGGCUGCAGAAGCAUGAGGUCAUACAGGUGGCGCUAGAGUGCAUCAAGACAGGGGUUACACCCACCAUCACUGGGCCAAUCAGUGAAGACAACCUGGCAGCACUGGAUGAGAGCGUCAGAGCUUUUGAGGAGAAUUUCAGGAAGAGCAACUACCUGAAUGUUGAGGCUGGGAAGAGUGUGGGCCAGCAGCUGCUACAGCUGCAAGCAGAGCUGAAACAGGUCAAAGAUGAGAACAAGAAGAUCAUAGAGAAUUACACUGCAGAGCGAACCUUGAGGAAGAAGUACUACAACAUGGUGGAAGAUAUGAAAGGCACAUCAAUUUUCUUAUUCACUUAUCAUCUAGAAACUCAACCUGUCAUGAGGUGAAAUGCAGGAG